CCUCGUCCCGGCUUAGCUUACGUCAUCAGUCGCCAUGGAGGCACACAACAGAGCUCCGAUGGGGCAGAUAUAGAUAUCCUCACUUUUGAACACCUCCAGGAUCUUCACGAUCUCUUCUGAUGUGGAUAAGAGCCGCCUGGGUAGCAACUGAGAUGGCCGUGAUGGAUAAUCGGUGGGACAUUGUGAUAUCACUGCCCUGUACACGCCGCGGGCUGCCUAUCGGUGCUAGUGUACCCUAACCAAGGGAGGCGACAGACAGAGUGCUGAAGAAUCAGAAUGCCUUUUCGCUCCCCCCGAGGACCGACGCUGCUUUAAGUAACUAAAGGGGGCGAUUUCUCCAGGAACGCAAAAGAGAAGCGGGAGAGAAAGACAAAAAUCCCUUCAUCAGCGCAGCAGCAGCACAGAUACGGAAUAACACACACAGCCCGACUGCAUACGAGGUUUAAGUUAACCGUCAGACACAGUGCGAGAGGACAGUGAGCCGUUAUCUGAGCUGAGAGAGGGGAGGGAGGUGCUGAGCCCCCCCGGCUUAGGGCUUAGCUAGCCCGGGGCCUGGAAACAAAACAGCCAUCGCCUACAUGCAGAACCGCCGUUAAAAAGCAGCCGAUGGGGCUAGGGUAGCCUGCCGAGACACCCUGUUGGAUUUUAAACUUCACAUUUGUGUCACUGCUGCUGCUUGCAAGGCGAAACAAAACAAUGGCGUCUUACGUGGAUAAUAGGUUCAGACAAGCCGUCAUGAUGAACCCGGCGGAGAGGACGCAACAGGAUCUGGAGGUGGUCUACUCGUAUCUUCACGGCAUGGAGGCGCUCUCAAACCUCAGGGAACACCAGCUCAGGAUCAUGUGUGAAACUGUCCGCUACGAAAGACACGAAGCCAACGAAGUGCUCUACUAUCCUGAUGACGUGGGUAACUGCUGGUAUAUUCUGCUGUCCGGAUCCGUUUUCAUCAAGGAGUCGAUGUUCCUACCGCGGAGCAGUUUCGGGAAGCGUUCGGCCGGUUCUCUCCGUCGGGGGUGUGAGUGCAUCGUCCUGGAGCCUUCAGAGAUGAUUGUGGUUGACUAUAUCGACGAGUCUGAGGAGUGUUUUCAGCGGCAGGCGUCUCAUCGUCAGUCUCGUCGCCGCUUCCGUAAGAUCAACCAGAAGGGCGAGCGACAGACCAUAAUAGACACCGUCACCAUGGAAACGCAGCCUCCCCCACGGCCCCCGCCCAGGAACUAUCACACCCUCCCCGCGGACUUCUCCAGACUGCACCUGUCAGAUGAUAGGCCACGCCCCCAGGUGGCCUCUAGCCAAUCAGGAUGUAGCGUCACCAGUGACUCCGGAAGCAGCAGCCUCUCCGACAUCUACCAGGCUGUAGAGAGUGAGGGGGGAGGGGAUAUGGACCUGUCUGGUCUUCCGGAGACGGCGGUGGACAGCGAGGAUGAUGAUGAUGAGGAAGAUAUCGAGCGGCCCGACCCUCUGAUGAGCAGAGACAUCGUACGAGACUGUCUAGAGAAAGACCCCAUGGACCGCACAGACGACGACAUAGAGCAACUUCUUGAGUUCAUGCACCAGUUGCCUGCGUUUGCCAAUAUGACCAUGUCGGUGCGGAGGGAGCUGUGUGCGGUGAUGGUGUUCGCCGUGGUGGAGCGGGCCGGCACUGUGGUGCUCAACGACGGGGAAGAGCUGGACUCCUGGUCGGUGAUCCUUAACGGCUGUGUGGAGGUGUGUUACCCAGAAGGCCGAGCGGAGCUGCUGUGUAUGGGGAACAGCUUUGGAGUGUCGCCCUCUACUGGCAAGGAGUACAUGAAGGGAGUCAUGCGCACUAAAGUGGACGACUGCCAGUUUGUGUGUAUAGCCCAGCAGGACUACAGCUGCAUCCUGAACCAGGUGGAGAAGAACAUGCACGCGGUGGAGGAGGAGGGAGAGAUCGUCAUGGUGAAGGAACACCGAGAACUGGACAGAACCGGAACACGGAAGGGCCAUAUAGUCAUCAAGGGUACGACUGAGCGCUUGACGAUGCACCUGGUUGAGGAGCACAGUGUGGUCGACCCCACCUACAUCGAGGACUUCCUGUUGACCUACCGGACCUUCCUGCCAGGGCCCAUGGUGGUGGGGGACAAGCUGCUCACAUGGUUCCACGACCCCAGCCUCAGGGACAAGGUGACUCGUGUUGUUCUGCUGUGGGUGAAUAAUCACUUUAACGACUUCGAGGGCGACGCGGCCAUGACGACCUUCCUGGAGGAGUUUGAAGGUCAUCUGGAGAGAGAGAAAAUGUGUGGUCACCUGCGUCUCCUGAACAUCGCUUGUGCUGCGAAGGCCAAGCUGCGAGUGGUAACGUUGACGAGAGCGAGUCGAGAGGCGCCAUUACACUUCAGCCUGAUAGGGGGCGCUGCAGACACACGAGUCCGGAUAUUCAUCUCCAGUGUGGAGUCGGGGAGCAAAGCAGCAGAAGCCGGACUGAGGAGAGGAGAUCAGAUUCUGGAGGUGAACGGUCAGAACUUUGAGAACGUGCAGCUGAGUAAAGCCAACGAGAUCCUCAAGAACAACACACACCUCUCCAUCACCGUCAAGACCAACCUACUGGUCUUCAAAGAGCUGCUUGCGCGUCCCGAGCAGGAGACCGAGACGGACCCCGAGGACGACAAGAACUCUCACACACACCCUCACGGCCACACACACACACACACACACAUCCCCAAGAUCGGGGAGGUGAAGAAGGCGGCGCGCUACUCGAUCCCGGACCUGGCGGUGGACGUGGAGGCGGCCAUGUUGGAUAAGAAGAGGGGGGGCAGCGGGAAGGGCGGAACAGCCGGGGGAGGGGGAGGGAAGAGCGGAACAGCUGGGGGAGGGAGGAACAAGCUCAAGAAGAUCUUCGACAAGACACUGACCAGCAUCCUGCCCCCCAAACCAUACAGUGAGGUGGUUGGCCAGAGUCAGGAUGACAGCAUCGUGGGUCUAAAGCAGGGUGCUAAGCAUCAGGUCCCCGCCGCUCUGCCUGUCAGCUCCAACCUCUCAUCCAGCAACCCCGACCUGCUGCAGUCACACACACGCAUCCUGGACUUCAACAACCAGCCAGACAUGUCUGACCAGGUGCUGCGCGUCUUCAAAGCCGAUCAGCAGUCCCGCUACAUCAUGAUCAGUCGUGACUCCACGGCGAAGGAGGUGGUUGCCACGGCGAUCAGGGAGUUUGCGUUGCCGGCGGAGCCGAGUGCCUAUUCGCUGUGCGAGGUGUCCGUCACUGCCGAGGGCGUGAUCAAGCAGAGACGACUACCGGAACAGCUCAGCAAACUGGCCGACAGAAUAACACUCAGCGGCAGGUAUUACCUGAAGAGCAACAUGGAGACGGAGACGUUGUGUUCGGAUGAGGACGCCUCUGAGCUGCUUCGUGAGUCUCAGACGUCUCUGCUGCAGUUGUCAACACUAGAGGUGGCCGCACAGCUGUCGCUCACCGCAUUCACGCUAUUCACCGAUAUACAGCCUACAGAGUAUAUCGAUGACCUCUUCAAGCUCCGGCCAGCCUCCUCCUCCUCCUCCACCUCUUCCUCAUCUUCCUCCUCCUCCACCGCUGCUCCUGCCACCACCACCACCACCACCUCCUCCUCUACCACCACCUCCUCCUCCUCCCCUGACUCCUCCUCCUCCACCUCCUCCUCCUCCUCUUCGUCUCUGAAGCGUUUUGAGGAGGCCAUUAAUCGCGAGACCUUCUGGGUGGCUACAGAGGUGGUCCGCGAGGCUAAUCAGCUGAAACGCAUGAAGAUCCUCAAACACUUCAUCAAGAUCGCACUGCACUGCAGGGAGUGCAAGAACUUCAACUCCAUGUUCGCCAUUAUCAGUGGUCUGAACCUGGCGCCGGUGUCUCGUCUGAGAGGGACGUGGGAACGACUUCCCAGUAAAUAUGAGAAGCUCUUCAGUGACCUGCAGGAUCUGUUCGACCCCUCGCGGAACAUGGCGAAGUACCGGAACCUUCUGAACAGCCAGAACCUCCAGCCUCCCAUCAUCCCCCUCUUCCCUGUCAUCAAGAAGGACCUGACCUUCCUACACGAGGGUAACGACUCUAAGGUGGACGGGCUGGUGAACUUUGAGAAGCUGCGUAUGAUCGCCAAGGAGAUCCGUCAUGUGGGGCGCAUGGCAGCCGUCAAUAUGGACCCCGCCCUCAUGUUCCGAACCAGGAAGAAGAAAUGGCGUAGUCUCGGGUCGUUGUCUCAGGGCAGUGCUGCGUCUGCCUCAGUGCUGGAGGUGCCCCCUGGUGGCCACAAGAGGCGAGUGCGACGCUCCUCAUUCCUCAACGCCAAGAAGCUCUAUGAGGACGCACAGAUGGCACGAAGGGUUAAACAGUACCUCUCCAGUCUGGACCUCACCACCAAUGAAGACACACUACACACACUCUCACUGCAGUGCGAACCCAGCGUCAACACACUGCCCAAGGGUGCGGGGGAGCGGAAGCGUGCGGACACCUCUCCAGUGGUUGCCCGGGCAACGCAGCGACAGCAGCAGCUGAGAGCCAAUCAGAAUCAAGCACUACAGGUCCCAGCGGUGGCUCUCUACCCCUCAAGACGAAAAGUGCCCGUCAAGGACCUGCCCCCCUUUGGCACCAGUUCUCCUUCGUCCCUGAAGAAGAUCUUGUCUCUAUCGGAGGAGAGUAGCGAUCGCCAGCGUCGGCCACAAGAGGACGCUAUAAGCACAUCCAGCCAGUUCUCAUCACCUCCCACCUCACCACACAGCUCCCCCAAGAAAGGCUAUGACUCCAGCCACAGUGAGGUGUCUUCGCGUAGCAGCCUGCUGAGUUCUUCGUCUCUGGACGCGACGCAUGAUGACCGGCGGCUACGACACACACACGACAUACACUCACACUCACACUCACACACACACGCGGCCGACACACACACGGGACCGCGGCUGGAGCGCAGAGCAACCACGGACCCCGACCAGUACAGCCUGGGCUCCUGCAGGUCUCUGUAUGCUGGGGCCACCGUCUUGUCAUCUCCGUCAUCAGAAGAGCUGACGCAGGAGGCAGGAGA